UGGGCAUGCGCGGUUGGGACUGGGAGGAUGGGCCCAAAGCUUGGCACCGCUUAAAGCGGAGAGGAGGAGGCGGCCUUUGCGGUGCUGCUCCGGCGCCACGUUCCCGGGAGGAGGACGAGGACGCAGCAGUCGGGCCAAGGCUUGUAAUGAGUCUGGGAUCAGAAAAUGAUUGUAAACGUAUGGAAAUACUUGUAUAAAAAUAUCUUUCGAUUUUGGUUAAAAUGGAUCCUGAGACAAUUGACUGGAAAAUGUGAACUGCAGCGUAUCUGUGAUGGCUCAAGAAGAAAUGCAGAAAGGACACUAAAAAUAGAGUACUCACUGAAAGCAUCAAAAUAUAAGGCUUUACAAAAUGCUGUGAAUACUGCUGAAGAUGAAGUACAAAAAUGCGUGGCACUUAUCAUACAAGAAAAGAAGAUUAAUAUACAAAAAGAUACAAGGUUUGCCUCAAAGCUUCAGUUAUGCUUGCUCCAGAUAUCUGGCUGCAGGAAAUUAUAUUUAGCUGUAGAAGAAUUGAGAAAACAUCCAUAUAAUUCAGACAAUAAAGAACAUGAGGAGCAACUAAUGGAGCUUUGGAAUUUAUUGAUGCCCCAUGAAAAACUGAAGGCUAGAAUCACAAAGCAGUGGUGUGACAUUGGUUUCCAAGGUGAUGACCCUAAAACAGACUUCAGAGGAAUGGGCAUGCUGGGAUUAACUAACCUUCUAUAUUUUAGCAAACAUUACCCACGUGAAGCUCGUCAAAUCCUUUCUCGGUCAAAUAAUCCAAAAUUGGGAUAUUCCUAUGCAAUAGUUGGGAUCAAUUUGACAGAGAUGGCUUAUAGCUUAUUACGGAAUGGCUUGUUAAAAACUCACUUCUACAACUUAGUUUCUGGUAUGCCACAACUGAAGGAUUUCCAUCAAUUUUAUUGUUAUUUGGCUUAUGAAUUUGACAAAUUUUGGUUUGAAGAAAAACCUGAAAGUAUUAUGUACUUCAAUCAAUACAGAGAGAAGUUUCAUGAAAAUGUUAAAAGAUGUCUCCUGGAUUAUGACACAGUGCUUGCCUUAAAAAAUGAAAAACAGUAAUGUGCAGUCCUUUGGGUCCUGCUUAUAAAAAUUAUGCACUUGACUGGAAAUCUCAUAUAACCAAAAACUUCAUUCAGUGAUCAAAGUUUUAUACAUUUUUAAAAUCAAAAAUCAAUUGAGAGAGCUGGGACAAUCAACACUUAUGAAGACUGUACACUAUUUGCUGAAAGUCAGGUUUUUUUUUUAAUGUAUGAAGAUCCUCACUGAAUCAUAAAACCUCACAUUUUAUAUACCUGACAGAAAGUGAAAAGGUUUCUUGGGGUAUUCUCUAUUUUCUAGCAGUAGCUUGGUUUUCCAAAUCUGACUCUUGUUUAGUUUACAUUGAGAGAUGUUGCAAUACUUGAUGAAUAGCUUUUUUGUAGGUUAGGUUAUAGUUUUAUUUCCCCCCAACAUGGAACACAUGGCUCUUUAUUAUUAAGUUUCUGGGAGGAAGACACACAAAAAAGAUUAUUUUAUUUUGAUGCAUGUAUGAGAGCAGCCUUCACUUGUGUUUAUGUGAGAUUAUUCCACAACACUUCAGGUUAAGUUGAUUUUUCUUGUGGAUGUAUGUAUUCAGAAACUGCCAGAUUAAAUCUUCCAUUUUAAACAAGUUUUUUCAUGGUACAGUAACAAUAUUAAGCAAAAUAUUUUCCAUGUAUUGUACUGUGUUGCUAUGCAAUUGCUAUCACAAGUGAACAGGUCAUUGUUCUUGUGUCAGCUAAUACCAGCUGACAUAAAAGCCUGAGAAUAUUGAGCUCAAAAUGUUUAACAGAAGAUCAAUAACAGGCCAUUUUUCCUGGCAUGCAUUGAGAAAGGCAGCUAAGAUGACAUAUUACCUGACAAUCUAGGCAAUAGGAUUUUACAUCUGUUGCAAAUCUAAUAAGCUUGUUUAAAAUGUUUCUCAGCAAGCUUAGCUUGUGGCUAGCCUUGUGUGUGUUUUGCAGGGUGAGAUGAUCAGUUCAGACAUUUAAUCUUUUUUUUAAAAGUGCCUUUUACUUGACUAAAAUUGAACUUUAUCUGCAAGGCUUGAGAAUUUGGGACUGUCUCAUUACUGGACAGCUUCUAGCACAGACUGACUACUGUUGUAAAAAAAUAAUCAAAAAAACCAUGUUUCAUUUGGUCAAUUUAUUACUUGACUAGGUGUAUUACUCGUGAAGAAGAGCUGAAAGGGACAGAAAGAAAACAUAUGAAUACAAUGAUUCCACAUGGCAAAUUGAGGGUGCAAAAUAGUUAGCAAUUACUUGAAUUGCAGGUGUGAGCACCCUCAUUUCAACUGGGACUCUGGUAUGCACAGAUCUUAACUCUCUGUGAUUCUAAUUUGGAUUGUGGGCUUACUUUUGUAAAGUGUAUUGAAAAAAACAAAAACAAAAAAACAAAAAACCAAACUCUAGUCCUUCUCAUUGGACUGAAUGGGAGUCAUUUUUCUAUUGUUAACAGUAGACACAGUGGAAUGACUAGGACCAUAGUUUGGGAAGGGUAAGCCCGCAUACCCUUAUCCCAGGAUUCAAGUCCAAAUUGAGAGACUUGCACUUGCACUUUCCUUUUUAAAAAGGAAUUGCUUAUUGUGUAGAAAGUGUCACAUUUCGUUUAACUCCUUGUAACAUUUUUAACAUUGAAGAUAUUGCCUGUGGUGCAAGUAUUAGUUAUAAUCUAUGGCAUUUAAUAAUAUUCAUUAUAAGCACAGUAAAAAUAAAUAAAAGCAGCAGCAAAACUGAAGAUGUCUAAUUUCUGGAUACCUGUAUCAGAAUCCCUCCUUUAGAUGGUAGGGUAGGCCCUGCUUGAGUGACAGAGAAGUGAUGUGUUGUUUUUCAGUAUAAUCCCAUUUUGGAAAAUAGAUGUUUAGGGAGUUAUUGUUGUCUUGGUAAAAUUCUCAUGCAAGAAACAUGACGUGUGCAAAAUUCAGUGGUGUAUAGACUGUAUGUCCACAUGGCUAAGAUGUUUCCUUUGGACUCCAUCUAUUGAGACACCCAAUUCUUCUUUGUAGAAAAAAACAGAGAAACCUGUAUGUCUAGUCAUAUACAAGCAGUGAAUUUCUCAUAGUCUUACAGAUAUGAAUGCUAUUUGUGGCAGAUAUUGUGGCCAGAAUCCUGUUGGGCAGUUGUGAGUAUGUAACAGAUUUAUAACUGCUACAUGUUUACAAUCUCUAUAUAGUUCCUAGUUUAGGGGUUACUAGGGACUGCAAAAGUUCCCCAAAUCCCUCUUACUAGUGGCCUGUUCCUGUCAGUCGAGAAUCAGUUGCCUGACAUGCUACACACCAUUCAUGUGGAGAUGUCCAGUGCAAGAAGGAUUGUGACAGGAGUCCUUCUGCCUGUUAUGCUGGAGGGGUGGAAACACCAGAUAGCUGCUUCCUGCAUGACAGAGGAAUGGACCUCCAUCUGUUCCAGCCACUGUUGACCAAUAAGAGGUGUUGUGCGGAGCUAGCCAGGAUCCACUACAUAGCACUGUAGUUACACCGCUACUUAGUAUGUAAUGGAUUCCAUUGAUUCUCUUUUUCAUGGUGUGGAAGAACAGUGACCACUCAGUACAUCUGAGUUUUCACUUUUUUUGGCUUCAUUGAAAUUUAUGGUAAUUAUUUAUUGGGGGGAAUGCUCCAUUUACUUUUUUCAAAGUAAUUUCAGUACAUUAAAUUGAAAAAACAACCCCAAGCAACCCAAUAACAAAAGAAUUUUCAAAGUGCCUGUAUUACUUACUAUACCCAACAUGUUUUGAAAGCACAGUUAUGGAGCUUUUCUCUUCCCACAGAUCUGGAACAAUGAGCCCUUGUGCUAUUCCUCUGCUAAAACAGACACUUUUGUUCAUUUUGUGAGUAAAUUAAAUGCAGUAAACAUACUGGAAACUGAGGAUACUAAAAUGAGCAUUCCAGAGGAGAUUUCAGGUUGCAUCGUCAGGAGAACCUUUGACACUGCUUAUCAUCUGUGUACUUAAAUAGAAGUCUAAGAAGCUCUGUUUAUAUAUCCUGGCAAAAGAGUUGGAUAAUAGUUUUCCUUGUGAAUUGCAGUAUUCAUUCAUUUUUCCAAUUCUCUCAAUCUACUUUUUUGGAUUUAUGUUAACUAGCAAACAUAUUUGGCUUUUGACAUUUGGAUAUACCAAAUCAGUCUAUUUGAGCCCUACUAAACCUUUUGAAUGGUACCUGGGUCAUAAGUUUGUGGGUUAGCAAUGAAGUACACAAAAAGAACUUUAGUUAAAGUAGCAAACGAAGGCGUAAAUAACUAAUUGGACUAGAUUAUAACAUUUUUUGUGUUUUUUCAAAAACAAAAUAUCAGCAAAAAACAAAGUUAUGUUACGGUAACAUAUCCAGUUCUGUCAGUGUCUAGCAUUUAUACCUGAGUAUCUUUUGUAAUGGGGUUUCUACUAUUUUUACAGCUGUAAAUAUUUUGAAGUCCUUCCUGGAAUAAUUUGAAUCUUCCUUCAUGAGUAUUUUGUUAACACUGUAAUGCAGUAUUCCAUUGUUUCAGAUAGCUGUAUAGUUCUAUGUGAAUGCAUUAUCUGGGUAUAAGAAUCGAAGCUUAAUAUAUUCAUUCUCACUUAGGCUGUACUCCUAUACAUUGGGAGUAAGUGCUAUUGCGCUAAAUGGCAUUUAUUUUUCAGUAGGAAUGUGUAGUAUUGCCCUGAUAGUUUGCGUAUGUAUUAGUGCACUUCAGACAUACUGAUUCUAGACUGAUGAAACGUUUAUUGGUAAUAGGAAUGAGGCAUGUGUCCUUGUGUUCCUCAUCUUUCCUGUUUACAAACCCACUGAUGUUCCAUAUCAUUUUGCCAGGUCAUUCAAAAAUUUGGGUUCUCCACAAAUGAGUCUGUGGCGUGGAAGAAACUUUCUGAGUUUCUUCAUUUGGAUGUCAGGCAAACUGGUUUAAAGAAAGCAGGAAAGUUUUAAGGAAGCUGACUGCAUGAAGGAAAGGGAGCUGUGUGAAAGGAGUCACCUCUGUCUUAUUCCUGUUUCAAUGAACCACGGUCUGGCAUUAUAUUUGCACCAUACAAAGUUUCAUAAGCAUGUGGGUUAUAUACAUGCUUUCCCAUUUUCUUUUAAAAAUAAUUCAUUCCAGCAUAGUGCAGCCUGGAAUCCACAUGCAAACAUGCAGAGAUCCUAUACAGUCCUUUCUCACUUAAACAGCAGCAACAACAAAACAGCUGAAAGCAAAACUCACCUGAAAGCAAUCUUUUUAGGUCUGAAAAAGUGUCCAGCAGGGCAUGAUUUUGCUUUCAGGACCACUGACCCCAAAACAGGAGAGGGAAAGUGUAAAAGUGAGAUUAUGAUGUUUGAUCACCAAAAAAUUAUAC